CCAGGGGGCGUUGGCGUCGCCCGGGUAUAAAUACGGCGCUAGUCUGGAUGCCGGCAGUAUAUUACCAAGAAAGUGCACUAUCCAAAACAAGAAAGUAAUAAACAAACAAAUUAAAAUGUCGCUGCUCCCUUACCUCUACGACAUCGAAAGGCCCUUCCGCCUCAUGGAAAGGGAUUUCUUCAGACCUGACAACUUCUUCGGCUAUUCUCCAUACAACCAGUUGAUGCCUCGCGACUUCUUCGGCCCAUCAUUCCUCAAACCUUGGGAGAACGUCUUCAGGCCAUGGGAAAACUUCAUGAAACCUAUCGAACAACUAUCAUCGGCUAUGAACCAGUUGGCUUUGAACGAAGUUGGCAAAAUCACAUCAGACGAUGAGAAGUUCCAAGUAAAUGUCGAUGUUCAGCAUUUUUCACCUGAAGAAAUAAACGUAAAAGUGAUUGACGGUCAUGUGAUUGUUGAAGGAAAGCAUGAAGAGAAGAGAGAUGAACAUGGGUAUGUGGCAAGACAGUUUAUGAGGCGGUAUGCACUUCCUCAAGGAUGUUUACCUGACACCGUGGAGUCCAGACUGUCUUCUGAUGGUGUUUUGACAGUCACAGCACCCAAGGUACUGGCCCUACCUUCAACAGGAGAGAAGAUAGUGCCAAUCACUCACACAGGCCCUAUCAAGAAGCAAAUUGGAUCUCCAGAACCAAUCACAGAAGAAGCUGAGUGAAUGUUAUGUAAAUAUUACUUUUCUUGUAAGACUGAUUUCAAUCUGUGCUAUAUUCGCCUAUUUUUAUUUUUUAAUUUUAAAUAAACUUAUUACGUAUUGAAAA